AUGUUCGUUUUACCAGAUAUCGCAUACCAGGGCAACGUCGAAGGUUUUCCGGACACUUGGGAACAACUUGGAAACGAGAGAAGAAGUCGUGUUCGAAUAGCUUUAAGAAAUACAAUACUCAAAGAAAUAAAUGGCGAAAGACAGGUUGCUAAUGCAGACGAGCUGCAAAAAAGUUACAUCGGCGAUAUUUUUAAAUAUUUGUUUAAUAUAACUGCAUCAUCAUCGACCGCACAACCAGAAAUAAAUGGAAACUCUAUUGGAAGAGACGGCGAACAACAAUCGAGUGAGUCGAUCGAACCACCACCGUAUGAUGAUACACAUGACAUGCCAUUAGGAAUAAUGUGUAAAUUCAUAGCAUUGUUCAUAAAUACAAAAAGUCGAACAUUAUUUAUAUUCGCUUUUCCGAAUAUGCCUGGUACUAAUCGUAACAGUUGUACCAUAAGACAAAAGAGGAACAGAGAUUCAUAUCCCAGAGAAGUCACGUACAGAAAAAUUAAUGGUGUAUGGAGCCAAGAACUUAAGACGUUAUUAUACGAGACAUAA